AUGAUCGAAAGGUUGAUCAGACAUGAUUAUCAGGGUAAUGAAGUUUACUUGGCCGACUUGCCGUGGGGAACACUUGGCGUCGAUCAGAAGGAAGAAGCAGCCGAAUACUUUAAAAGAUAUAUCGAAUGCACAAACAAAGGAAAUCAGUCUCGUGAAUGCAUGAAGCCACCGGCAUUCUGCGGUCCAGAAACUUCACAUAUCACUUAUUACUUGCUUGCUGAUUGCAAAAUUUUGAAUAACAAGAUUUACAUCCAUGGCAAAUUCAUUCAAGAUUGGACGGAACAGAACGAAAAAGAGCUAAAAGCAUGGGAAAGCAUGCGGGAGAAGAGGUCACACAGGCGAGGAAAAGGGGACUUAAUCCUGCAGUUACUCCGACUCCCGUAUGAUUUCAAUUACGACGAUUACGAGGACGAGCCAUUCAUCGCCGACCCAGGGGACCUAUCUGCCCCCGCAUUCUGCCUCAGAGAAUAA